AUGUUUCAAAGAAUACAUUAUUCAGGAGGAUUAACAGUAGUUUUUCAAAAACCUAUUGGUACAACAUGGAAACAGGAACAUUUGAAUCUUACAGAUAUAGCAUUUAACAAUUACUUUGGUGGAUACCUCCUCAAUAAAAGCUCAUGCUGAAGAAACCAAGACAGACUUGAAGAACACAGCGGGAGAGAAGAAGUUGACGAGAGAGGAUUUCUGAAUUUGUUGAGUGAAUAUUUAAACUCCUGUUAAUAUUGAAUCGAAGGAAAAAUUUGAAAAAUGAUUGGAAAUAAAAUGCUUCCGCUACUUCUGAUUAUUAGUUUGGGAAGCUGUCAAACAAUAACUCCUGAAACAACCACAGCUGCUCUGACAACAACCCCUGCAGCUCCUACCACAGCCACAGCUGUUCCAGCAACAACCACAACAGUGCCAAAAUCAACAUAUGCUCCUACAACAACCAGUGCUGAUCCUACAAAAACCAUAGCUAGUGCCGAGACAACCACAGCUGUCCCAUCAAUAACCAAAAUAGUGCCAACAUCAACAGAUGUUCCUACAACAACCACAACGGCUACGACUACAACCACAACUGCUCUUACAACAACCACAGCUGAUUCUUCAACAACCACAGCAAGUGCUGCAAAAACCACAGCUGUCCCAGAAACAUCAACAGCUGCCCCUACAACAACCACAGCUGUUUCUACGACAACCACACCAGCUCCAAUAUCAACAGAUGCUUCUAUAACAGCAACAGCUGCUGCUCCUACAACAACCACAGCUUAUACUGCAACGACCACAGCUGCUCCUACAACAACCACAGGUUCUCCUACAACAACCACAAAUGUCCCAGCAACAACCACAACAGCAUUAAUAUCAACAAAUGCUCCCACUACAGCCACAGCUGCCCCUACCAUAACCACAACUGCUCCUACAACAACCACUGCCUCUCCUACAACAACCACAGCUAGUCCCGCAACAACCACCGCUGUCCCAGAAACAACAACAGCUGCUCCUACAACAACCACAGCUGGUUCUACGACAACCACAGCCGCUCCAAUAUCAACAGAUGCUUCUAUAACAACAAUUGCUGCUGCUGCUACAACAACCACAGCUGAUCCUACAACGACCACAGCUUCUCCUAUAACAACUACAGCCGCUCCUACAACAACCACAAAUGUCCCAGCAAAAACCACAACAGCAUUAACAUCAACAAAUGCUCCCACUUCAACCACAGCUGCUCCUAUAACAACCACAGGCGCUCCUACAACAACCACAAAUGUCCCAGCAACAACAACAAAAGCAUUAAUAUCAACAGAUGCUCCCACUACAGCCACAGCUGCUCCUACAACAACCACUGCCGUUUCAACGACAACCACAGCAGCUCCAAUAUCAACAGAUGCUCCUACAACAACAACACCUGCUGCUCCUACAACAACCACAGCUGAUCCUACAACGACCACAGCGGCUCCUACAACAACCAAAGCUACUCCUACAACAACCACUGCUGCUCCUACAACAAUCACAGAUAGUCCCGCAACAACCACCGCUGUCCCAGAAACAACAACAGCUGCUCUUAAAACAAACAAAGCUGCUUCUACGACAACCACAGCAGCUCCAACAUCAACAGAUGCUCCUACAACAACAACAGCUGCUCCUACAACAUCCACAGGUGCUAAUACAACAUCAACAGCUGCUCCUACAACCACAGCUGUUUCUACGACAACCACAGCAGCUCCAAUAUCAACAGAUGCUUCUAUAACAACAACAGCUGCUGCUCCUACAACAACCACAGCUUAUCCUGCAACAACCACAGCGGCUCCUACAACAACCCAAGGUGCUCCUUCAACAACCACAAAUGUCCCAGCAACAACCACAACAGCAUUAACAUCAACAAAUGCUCCAACUUCAACCACAGCGGCUCCUACAACAACCACAGGUUCUCCUACAACAACCACAAAUGUCCCAGCAAUAACCACAAAUGUCCCUGCAACAACCACAACAGAACUAACAUCAACUGAUGCUCCUACAACAACCACAGCGGCUCCUACAACAACCACUGCUGCUCCUACAACAAUCACAGAUAGUCCCGCAACAACCACCGCUGUCCCAGAAACAACCAAAGCUGCUCUUACAACAAACACAGCUGCUUCUACGACGACCAAAGCAGCUCCAACAUCAACAGAUGCUCCUAAAACAACAACAGCUGCGGCUCCUACAACAACCAUAGCUGAUCCUACAACGACCACGGCUGCUCCUACAACAUCAGCAGCGGCUCCUACAACAACCACAGAGAGUGCCGCAAAAACCACACCUGUCACAGAAACAACAACAGCUGCUCCUACAACAUCCACAGGUGCUACUACAACAUCAGCAGCUGCUUCUAAAACAACCACAGCAGCUCCAACAUCAACAGAUAUUCCUACAACAAACACUGCUGAUCCUAAAACAAUAACUGCAACUACAACAUCAGCAGCUGCUCCUACAACAACCACAAGUGCUCCUACAAUAACCACAAAUGUCCCAGCAACAACCACAGCAGCAGUAACAUCAACAGAUAAUCCUACAACAUCCACAGCUGCUCCUACAACAUCAGCAGCUGCUCCUACAACAACCACAGCUAGUGCCGCAACAACCACGGCUGUCCCAGAAACAACAACAGCUGCUGCUCCUACAACAACCACAGCUAAUCCUACAACGACCACAGCUGCUGAUACGACAACCACAGCUGCACCUUCUACUACUACUACUGCUCCUACAACAACAACAGCUGCUCCUUCAACCACCACAGCUGCUGCUAAAACAACCACAGGUGCUUCUACAACAACCACAGCUGCUCCUAAAACAACCACAGCUGCUUCUACAACAACCACAGCUGCUCCUUCAACAACCACAGCUGCUCCUACAAUAACCACAGGUGCUUUUAUAACAACUACAGUUGUUCCUACAACAACCACAGAUGUUCCUACAACAAGCAAAGCUGGUGCUGCAACAACCACUGCUGUUCCUACAACAACCACAGGGGCUUUUACAACAACUACAGUUGUUCCUACGACAACCACUGCUGCUGCAACAACAACCACAGCUGUACCUACUACAACAACAGUUGCUCCUUCAACAACCACAGCUGCUCCUACAACAACCACAGGUGCUUUUACAACAACUACAGUUGUUCCUACGACAACCACUGCUGCUCCUACAUCAACAACUGCUCCUACAACAACCACAACUGCUGAUACAACAACCACACCUGCUCCUACAACAACCUUAGCUGUUGCCACACCAAUCACUGCUGCUUCUACAUCAACCACAGCUGUACUUCCUAGUACUACUACUGCUCCUACAACAACCACAGCUGCUCCUACAACAACCACAGCUGUUCCUACAACAACCACAGCUGUUCCUACAACAACCACAGCUGUUGCUACAACAACCACUGCUGCUCCUACAACAGCCUUAGGUGCUGCCAUGCCAACCACAGCUGCUUCUACAACAACCACAGCUGCUGUAACAACAACCACAGCUGUACCUACUACAACAACAGCUGCUCCUUCAACAACCACAGCUGCUCCUACAACAACCACAGUUGCUUUUACAACAACUAAAGCUGCUGAUACAACAACCACAGCUUUUUCUACAACAACUACAGCUGUACCUACCACAACAACUGCUGUUCCUACAACAACCACAGCUGUACCUACAACAACCACAACUGCUCCUACAACAACCACAGCUGCUGCAACAACUACCACAGCUGUACAUACUACAACCACAGCUGCUCCAACAACCACAGCGGCUCCUAAAACAACCACAGGUGCUUCUACAACAACCACAGCUGCUGCAACAACAACCACAGCUACUUCUCCAACAACCUUAGCUGCUGCAACUACAACCACAGCUGUACCUACUACAAUGACAGCUGGUCAUAUAACAACCACAGCUGCGCUUACAAUAACCACAGGUGCUUCUACAACAACCACAGCUGCUCCUACAACCACAGUUGCUGCAACAGCAACAACAGCUGCUCGUACAACAACCACAGCAGCUCCUACAACAAAAACAAAUGUCCCAGCAACAACCACAACAGCACUAACAUCAACACAUGCUCCUACAACAACCACAGCUGCUCCUACAACAACUACAGCUAUUCCUACAACAACCACUGCUGUUCUUACAACAACCACAGCUGCUCCUACUAUAAGAACGGCAGAUGGUGGCACUGGAACCACGAACAACAGCAGUAACAGGUGCCACAACAACCACACAUUCUCCUUCUACCACUGUUACUUCCACAACCACAGACGCCACAACAUCAACCACUGGUACUACUACAACUACAGCUCUUCCUACGACAAGUACAUCUCACCCUACAAUAACAACAGUUGCUUCUUCAUCAACCACAAUGGUUCCCACAACAAAAGGUGUCUCAAAAACAACAACCAGUGCCACAAAAACAACAGCCGGUAUCACAACAACAAUGGCCACAGGUGGAACAACAAUCACAAACACUGUCACAAAAACAACAGCUGUGACAAAGACAACAGCUGGUAG